GACACCUGACAAAAGAUAUUGAUAUAUUUGGUGGAUUACAAUUACAAUAAUAAAUAAUAAUUAAAGUUUAUUGAUUAACUAAGCCAUCUAAGCUGCCCUGUAAUCAAUAAUACAUUUUAAAAGUCUAUUAUCGAGUUCGUGACAUGAAUUCGCAUACGUUAAUAAUUGUUAUGUUUUCACUUUAUUCUUAUAAUUUAAAGGCUGAUAUUUUAAGUGUAGAACAAAGGCUUAAAAAACUUUCUACGUCGUGAGUGAACGUUAAUAGGAUUAUGUAUUUUACUUUAUGUUAACCAAUUUUUUCAUGAUAUUCACUUUUUAGGUUAAAUAGUGACAGUAAUUUGGAAUUUCUAUACCCAAAGAAAUGUUUUGAAAUUUUGGAGUCCUUUUCACAUAGUGCAUCAAAUUUGACGAUGUGUUCAAUAUUAAAUGCCAGACCUGUCAGAUUGUGUGAAAAGUGUAUUGAUAAAUACGUAACCUUUCAUAAUAGAUAUGAAGAGUUACUUAAAACAGUAAUUAAUGGUACGACAUGCAGUUCAGUUUUAAUUUCUAAUGACAGGUUGGAUGUGGUAUUGCAAUACCAUAACAGUAUUUUAGAAAUUUGGGAUAAAGGAAAUUGCAAUAGUUGUUUUGACUGGAAUGGCGGUGUACCAACAUUAAGUAAUGAUACAAAGCAUUUUAAUAAACUUUUUAAUGAAACAAUGAAAUGUUUAAUAAAUAACUUUGAUCCUAAAAACAAUGCCACAGUAUGUGAAAAAUGUAUGCAAUAUUAUAUGCAGUUAAAUACAUUUUAUUCAACCUUAAGUACAGAUGCAAUUGGAGUAGAUAGUAUUUGUAUGGACGUGGUAGAUUCAAUGAAUUCAACAAGAAGUAUUUGGAGCAAGACACUCAAUUGUUGCAAGCUACGUAUAUCACCAGAAGUUGUGUUUUUGUUCAGUGCUGGAUUAAUAUCAUUUUUGCCUUUAAUUUUUUAUAUGUCUGUAAGAUACUGUGGACCAAUCAGAGAUUUACCUAAAGUACUAAGAGAAUCAAGGUUUAAACAAACAAUAUUGAGGUCAGUGAAUUCCAGGGAAGACUGAAAGAAGAAAAAAAUGUGAGCUCACGCCAAAGAUAAAGUAUAAGAUUUUUUAAAUAAAAAAACUUAAGUUUU